AUGAACUUAAUUGUACAUUUGGCGAUUUCUUUAUCUAUACUCUCAAUCGGGAACUGUAUAAGAUGGAAUAUGCAACCCAACAGUCGAAAAUGUCUCAGAGAAGAACUCAGGGAAAAUGUAUUGGUAAAGGGUGAAUAUGAAGUAACUCCGGUUGACAAUCAGCAAGUAGAUUAUGUUGUUAAAGAUUCAAAAAAUCAUAUAUUGUCCCAGAAAGAAGAUAUAAGUUCUGGAAAGUUUACUUUUAGUGUAGAAAAUUAUGAUAUAUUUGAAAUAUGUUUUUCUUCAAAAACUUCAAAUAAUCAUCAAGGUGCUAUACAAGAGGUUUUUGUGGAUAUAAAAACAGGAGUAGAAGCUAAAAGUUAUGAAGGAAUUGCUGAAGCUUUUAAAUUGAAACCUCUCGAGAUGGAUCUAAAGCGACUGGAAGACUUUUCAGAAGCCAUUGUACUAGAAUUCAAAGAUAUGAAAAAGCGUGCUGAUGAAAUGCGCAGUACAAAUGAAUCUACAAACAAGAGAGUCCUCUAUUUUAGUUUGUUCAGUAUGAUUUGUGUAAUUGUGUUAGCAACUUGGCAAGUAAUUUACUUGAGGCGUUACUUCAAAGCAAAAAAACUAAUCGAAUAA